AUGACAACAACAACAACAACAACAACGCAAAGCAAAGAAAAUGAUUGUAAUUUUCCUUUAUUUAAAACACCAAUACGUGAUAAUAUAUUAUCGUCAGCAACUAAAAAUGAUUUAACAUUCUAUUCAAAUAAUCUUAAACAUUUAAAAUUUACUAAAAGAACAAGUAUGAAUGAUUUAGAAAUGUAUCAUAAUACAAUAGUAACACCAAUACGUUCAAAUAAAACUAAAUUUUCUACACCUGGAUCUAUUCAACGUCGCCGUGCUUUAGGUCUUGUUAAUUCUAAUAGUAAAAAAAUAAGUCAUAUAUCAUCAAAUGAUGAUCUCUCAUCAUUAACUACUUUUCAACAAAUAAAUAAUAAAUAUGAAGAACCUGUUAUUCUUCAAGCACCAUCUUCUGAAAUGACAUGUUCUCAUCAUCCAGAUGAUGAUGAUCUUCCAUAUCAACCAAAUUCUAUUCAUCGUUAUGAAGAUACAUUUGAUGAUCUUAUACCAACUAAUGAACGUAUUGAACAUAUGAUUACAAAUCAAACAAAUGGUCUUAAUAUAUUUACGUUUUCUGGUGGAAUUGAAAAUACAAUACGAUAUCAAUCACCUCAAUGUUCACGUGUUGAUAUAUCAACUUUACUUGAUAUUCUUAAUUAA